AUGUUCAACACUGGCAAUAUAUAUGUCAUUGCUGCCGUCGCCGUCAUUGGCGGUGGCCUCUUCGGCUUCGACAUCUCGUCGAUGUCAGCCAUCCUAGGGACUGACCAGUAUAAAUGCUACUUUAACCAAUACGGCCCGGGCCAGUGCGGCGGCCCCCGACCUGCUGUGCAGGGCGGUAUCACUGCAUCCAUGGCUGGCGGCUCAUGGCUGGGAGCGUUGAUAUCCGGCUUCGUCUCUGAUCGCCUUGGUCGAAAGAAGGCCAUUAUGGUCGGCGCAAUCGUCUGGAUCAUUGGCUCUGUCAUCACUUGUGCAUCUCAGAAUAUUGCCAUGUUGAUCGUUGGCCGAGUCAUCAACGGUCUGAGUGUCGGUAUCUGCUCAGCCCAGGUUCCAGUCUAUAUCUCAGAAGUUGCACCCCCAACUAAACGUGGCCGUCUGGUCGGAUGCCAGCAGUGGGCAAUUACUUGGGCAUAUCAUACGGAUGCAGCUUUAUCAAAGGUCCUGCUGCUUUCCGCGUUCCAUGGGGACUGCAGGCCCAUCCCCGCUGUUCUCUUAUUCUUUGGCAUGAUUCCGCUCCCAGAGUCUCCACGAUGGCUAGCCCGUAAGGACCUGUGGGAGGAGUGCCACCGAGUUCUCACUCUGGUCCACGGCCACGGUGACCCAGACUCGCCUUUCGUCCAGCGUGAACUGCAGGAGAUCAAGGAUAUCUGCGAGUUUGAACGAGCUAACGCUGAUGUCUCCUAUCUUGAGCUCUUCAAGCCUAACAUGAUCAACCGUACCCAUAUCGGUGUCUUUACCCAGAUCUGGAGUCAAUUGACCGGUAUGAACGUCAUGAUGUACUACAUCACAUAUGUCUUUGGAAUGGCUGGCUUGACCGGAAACACCCUUCUUGUUUCCAGCAGCAUCCAGUAUGUGAUCAACGUCGCCAUGACAGUCCCAGCUCUUCUCUGGAUCGACCGCUGGGGCCGACGUCUCCCUCUUCUUGUUGGAGCUUUCUUUAUGAUGACCUUUCUCUUCGUGAACGCCGGCCUGCUGGCUGCCCGUGGGCGCCCUGCUCCACCAGGUGGUCUCAACGGUGUCGAGGCUGAGUCCUGGGAGAUCACCGGUGCCCCCAGCAAGGCGGUCAUUGCAUGCUCCUAUCUCUUCGUUGCCUCCUUUGCACCCACCUGGGGACCCGUUUCCUGGAUCUAUCCUCCUGAGCUCUUCCCUCUGCGUGUCCGUGGAAAAGCUGUUGCCCUCGCGACCUCGUCAAACUGGGCCUUCAACUUUGCACUCGGCUACUUCGUUCCUCCAGCCUUUGUCAACAUCCAGUGGAAGACGUACUUGCUCUUUGGAAUAUUCUGCGCUGCUAUGUUUAUCCACGUCUUCAUAAUGUUCCCUGACACUGCAGGCAAGACACUGGAGGAGGUAGAAUUCAUGUUCACAGAUCCCAGUGGUGUUAAAUACAUCGGUAUCCCAGCCUGGAAAACGAGGAGCAGCUUCCAGCAUGCCGCCCGGCUGGAGAGGACUGGUGGAGAAGAGAAGCUGAAUUCCCACCAUGUGUAAUCUGGCUGGCUAUCGCCACAUCACUAUGGACAUAGGAGCAAUCGAGUGAGACAGUAAUAAGGUGGAACUGGGAGCGGAAGCCGGAGUUUUCGUAGAAAAAUUGUAUAUACCCGUAAUAACUGAACUGGUGGAAUUGGGUAACAAACUGUCUAUAAUCCUAUUAUUGUUGCUAUUAUCACUCAAAAUCUUCCGCGGUUACACUGUAUAUCAACCUAAUAUAAAAAAAAAAAAAUUAUACGUCCGAUAUCAAAUAUCAAAUCCUCGGUUGCUCCAUAACCCUUGCCAUGUUGACGUUACAUAAUCAACGCCUUAAGGCGAGAGCCGAAAAUCCGGCAGCUGUGAAGUUGAUAGAGGUUCAUUUGAGAGCAUCGAAGUGAUUUUAAAGAGUAAAAAGUAUACUCGGAUCAUUCGCAUAGUGCUGUUCAAUCGCCAUUUCAUGUAAAAGGUCCCAUUGUUGGGAAUCGCUGACCUCUAAGCUGCAGUAUGGAGUAUACCCCUCUACCCCUUUAAUUAAAAAGUCGCCAUCCAGGCCAUGAUGUAGCUGAAUAUGCCGAGCAAGCCUCUGGCGGCCCCAAUAUGGUUUCUCUGCAGGUACUGCGGCCCAUGUAUACAGGUAUACAGCAGAGCUAGCCAAGGGGGAAACCCUGCUGUGCCGGUGCCGAACUGGAUUGAUAGUUAUCGAGCUGCUGAGCGGCGAAAAGGAGAAGAAAGCCCUACACCCAGGGGUAAGCAAAAUGAAUAACCCACUGGUUUGAUUAUGGAUAGUUAAUUAUGUCAUAACAGCCUCUCUCUUCCUUUAUCGCCCCUGGCAAUCCUUUCUUAUGCCUCAUGCUGGAUGCAGUGACUGGAUAAGAAAGUUAUACAAGCACACGCGACAAGGCAAGGGGAAGAAGAAAGUUCCCCAGCCGAGGAAAA